GCUGCCACUUGGUGAAUGGACUCGGUGCGCACACGAUGCGACAGGGAUCAGCUUGAGGCCGGGGAGGAAACUAAAGUCGCUCCUUGUGGGACCGUUACUUUGCCAGGCUUGGGCACCGGCACUCCUCUCUCCCGCACUGAAAAUGCCACGAUCUUUUCUGGUCAAGAAACACUUCAACUCGGCCAAAAAGCCCAAUUACGGGGAGUUGGACAACCAUACAGUGAUCAUCUCCCCAUUCCUGUAUGAGCGGUACCCUGUGUCUGUGCUACCCCAGCCUGAACUCUACAGCUCGGUGGCCUACAGCCCCAUCACCGUGUGGACAGGACUGCUUCACCCACCACUGCCCAGCGAUCUCUCCCCUCUCUCAGGAUACCCUUCAUCUUUAGGACGGGUCAGCCCCCCUCCGCAGUCGGACACGUCGUCUAAAGACCACAGUGGCUCGGAGAGCCCCAUCAGCGAUGAGGAGGAAAGACUCCAGACCAAACUUUGCGACUCACAUGCAAUAGAGGCUGAGAAGUUCCAGUGCAGCUUAUGCAGCAAGACCUACUCUACUUUCUCUGGGUUGGCUAAGCACAAGCAGCUGCAUUGCGACGCCCAGUCUAGAAAAUCAUUUAGCUGCAAGUACUGUGAAAAGGAGUAUGUGAGCCUGGGCGCGCUGAAGAUGCACAUCAGGACACACACUUUACCCUGCGUCUGUAAAAUCUGCGGCAAAGCUUUUUCUAGGCCAUGGCUACUACAAGGGCACAUCCGCACUCACACUGGAGAGAAGCCCUUCUCAUGUCCACACUGCAACAGAGCAUUUGCAGACAGAUCCAACUUGCGAGCCCACCUGCAGACCCAUUCUGAUGUGAAGAAAUAUCAAUGCAAGAACUGUUCCAAAACCUUCUCUAGAAUGUCGCUCCUUCACAAGCAUGAGGAAUCUGGUUGUUGUGUAGCACAUUAGACCGUCAUAUGUUUACCAGGACUUAACACAUCCUUCAGGGUUUCUGGUGUAAAAGAAAUUCCAAACAUUUUUUUCUUACCUCUUUUUGUUCCUGUUAAAGGAAAGCCUAUGCAAGAUUCACCAAAAACACCAGAAUUUCAGGUUCGAUUUGCAGUAUGGAUUACAAAUAAUAGAAACACAUUUCCAUAUGGCAGGAAGGAUCAAUGAAAUGGUCUUUAGCGAUGCCACAUUUCCUUGACAUGUAUAAAUCAGAUGCAUAUGUAGAGAGCCUAGACAAUCCAGCAACAAUCCAAGCGACUUUCAGCUUCGUUCUCAUGUGCUUUACUAAGUAGCCCAUGAGAUCCCUUCUUCCUGAAUCGAUAUGACUCUUAAACUGUGCCAUUCAGUGUAUUGCCAUUGUUUUUAGCUAGGCUCCAUCUGUGCCUUUGCCAGCCAUUGCCUUCAGACAUUCCUUGGUUUUAUUUAAGACUUUUACAAAUUUCACACAGUAGGAUUUUUUUUAAAUAAAAUUUACAAUUUUGUUCUCAUGGGAAUAAGUGCAACCGAGAGGGGUUUAAGUGAAUGCGAAAAUGUAGAUCCUGAACUUUUCCUAUGCACAAAAAAAAAUGCAACUCAUUUUCAGGAUUCUCCACCCUUCAUGUGCCUUUUUUUAUAAUAAUUUGUAAAAUAUGUGAAUAUAUUUUGAAAUGUUUAUAUUUUUAUAUAUGUGUGUGUGUGAAUGUGGCGUGUGAAAGAGAGAAGCAGCAAGUUGCCAAUUCAGGGAUAACUUGAAAUGAUGUGCCAAUUUGUUUUUCAGAUGCAUUUUUUAAUAAACCCUUUCGAUAAAUUUU